AUGUCACUUUUUCGUUUUCUUUCGAAUAAAGUGGGUACUGGUUCCGGUUCAGUUGCUGGUGCUCAUACUGUAGCUACAUCAUCACACGGAGCUGUUUCUGGCGGUCAUGGUCAUGAUUCGCAUGCUGCUCCAUGGGAAGGUGUUAAUCUUUGGCGUACACCAUUCAAAGGUGAUACUGAUACAGUUACACAAGUAAAACGUACUAAAGGUGUACUUGAUCGAUAUGUUGAAAAUCGUGUUCGUCGUAUUCAACAACUACAAAUCGAAGCUUUACGUAACAAAGCUGUACCAACUUGGGUUAUGAUGCCAAAAGAUAAAUUUCUUCUUGCAGCUCAAGGUAUUAUACUUGUCUAUGUUGCUUAUCAAGCUAUUUCAACUACAUACAAUCAUUUGAAAGCUAAAGAUCGUCUUAAACUCGUCAAAUUACUUUACAAAGACAAUGUUGAUUAA